CGCAUCGUGUAGGUGUUUAUUGUGGUCCGUUGUCAGCCAGGUUUUAAAUCCCGAACGCCCUCCAAAAUCUCCAGUUCUAUUACGGACUCAAACGGACGGGCGUGCUGCAUUGGCACUUGUUUUCGAACGUCGCGCGUUCUAAAAUUUAAAUUCAAAAUGCAAACACCACAACUAGAUGAUGAACAAAUGGGAAUGCUCCGACGGGCCUUCAGCAUGUUUGACUCGAGCAAGCAAGGCCGCAUCGAAAAGGAGAAAGUGCGCACCAUCCUCAACACGAUGGUGCACAGCUAUGACGACCAGCAGCUCGACCAGAUGUUGGACUCGGAGGACGUUGAUGGAAGCGGCAAGUUAAACUUCGACUCAUUCGUGCGAGUUGCCACACACUUCCUCGAUGAAGACGACGAGGCGUUGCAGAAGGAGCUCAAGGAGGCAUUCAGGCUGUAUGACAAAGAAGGAAACGGCUACAUCCCUACAUCGAGCCUACGCGAGAUUCUUGCAGCACUUGACGACCAGCUCACUCCCGACCAGCUGAACGAGAUGAUCGCAGAAAUCGACACUGAUGACUCGGGCACUGUGGACUUUGAUGAGUUCAUGGAGAUGAUGACUGGUGAUUAGGCGGAACAUACGGUGCGACGUUUUGGACGGCAGCAAUGCGGUGGUCAUGAAAAAAGAUUUUUGGGCCAAUUUUUAUUCUACUGUAGUUUUUAAUAUCAGAUUUUGAUAAAAUUUGGAAUGUUUGAGGAGUUACUCAUUCGAAGCGGAAUAAAUAAGAAAUCCCAAUUCGUGACAAAAUAAAUGUACGAGUAGGUAGGUAUGUCAUUUCCCGUUGAGUUCCAAAAAGUUUUCGGAACUCAAAGGAUUUAGUAGGAUAAACAGUAAAAUUGCGCUUACCUAUAGUAUCCUGGAGAUGAAAGUUUGUUUCUCGCCCGAUGCCGUGAUUUCUUCCUUCAUUUUGGUGUCGAAUUAUUUUUUUCAGAAUUCGAUAUCUGGAUAGAUAGAGUUCCCUAUUCUGUAAGCGCAAUAUCAUCAUAUGUCCAAAAGGGGUUUCUUCUAAGCUCCGAAAACGUGGGGUAUUCUUGUAACUCAAUGAGAAAUCAUAUAGUUUUUUGAUGGGCCAGUUCUUGAUUUCGAAUUUUAUGCCCAGAACUAAGAGCUCUUUAAACACGCCAAAUUUUAUCCAAACGAUAAAAAUUUGCCACUAAAUAUAAAAUCAGCAUUAAUAAUGUAUGUGUUGGCGGCCGAUAGUAAGAUCAGGCAGAUCAUGAAGCGUUAAAAUCACGCUCUCGUUCCUGAGUCGACGAAGCCCCACUAUGCGGGGCUACUAUUUCUGAACAGUUUGCCCUUCGCGCAUCUGAAGCAACCUAACGAACCUAUCCUACCUAUUUAUUGGUUUAAUGUGACUACCGUUAAAACAUUAAACACGAACAUUACGAUCUGCCUGAUCUUAUGACUGACCGCCGACAUAUUUAUCUAGGUGCUAUUAUUGAUUACCUACCUACUAUAAAUUCAUAAUGUUGGAAUAUCUAGUCAUAAUAAAAAGAACGCCUUUUUGUCUUCUAUAUUUAUGUUUUAUUAAUGAUACAUUUCUGUAAUGUUUAUUUAUUUAUUUAAAUUUUAUUGCUUAAAAUAUAUACAACAAUGUACAAAUGGCGGACUUAAUGCCAAACGGCAUUCUCUACCAGUCUACCAUAGGGCCAAACAGAGACAGCUAGAAUUAGUGCAGAGAAAGAAAUAUAUUGAAUGAAUAAAAAAAGCAAACCAUACUACAUAAAUAAAUAAGAAUAAUAUAUAAACUACCACAUUUUUAUAAAAUAUAUACUAUAAAUAAUACUAAUGUUACGUAAUGUUUAUAAAAUUAGUAUUCCGAUUCUUGUAAAAAAAAUUGAACGAUUGUCAUCGAAUGUUUUGACUUAAAAAUUAUAACAAUUACGAAUCACUUUAGAAUGAUUUUUGUUUAUUUGAAAAAGAUGAACAUUGAAAAUAUAAGUCUACCUUAUAUAUGUACUGUUUAUAUAAUUUGUAUUCUGAUUAUUGUCAAAGAAUCUGAACGAUUGUCAUCGAAAUGUAUUGACUAAAAAAUUGUUUAUUUGAAAAAGAUGAACAUUGAAAAUAUCAGUAUCUCUUAGAAAUAAGGAGGCAAAAUGCGGUUCCGUAUGUGUUUACCCCCAAACAGCUUUCUAGGCUUUUGACUUAUAUUCUCUGUAAUUAAUUUAGGUACACUCCUUAUUGUAUUAAAUUAUAAUUCAUUUCA